AUGUUCAACAGCAGUCAAUUCACCCCAAAAUAUUUUCUGCUGACUGGUCUCCCUGGUCUGGAGGCACAUUAUCCCUGGUUCAUCUUUCCAUUCUGUUCCAUAUAUCUUGUGGCCCUCAUGGGUAAUAGCCUGAUCCUGACUGUGAUCAAGAGAAGCAUCUCUCUGUACCAGCCAAUGUACCUGCUCUUAGCUAUGCUGGCCUUUGCAGAGCUUGGUGUCUCUGCCUCUACGCUGCCCACUGUGCUGGGCAUCUUCCUUUUUAGUGCCAACAAGAUCUGCUUUGAAGCCUGCCUUUUGCAGAUGUCCUCCAUACAUUCGUUUUCCAUCAUGGAGUCAGGAGUUCUGCUGGCCAUGUCUGUGGACCGCUUUGUGGCCAUUUACAACCCACUGCAGUACACUGCUAUCAUGACCUUGCCCUGUAUUGCUGGUACUGGUGCUGCCCUGGGAAUGAAGAGUGUGAUGCUCAUGUUUCCACUGCCCUUUCUCCUGAAGCGUCUGCCCUUCUGUGGCCACAACACCCUCUCUCACUCCUAUUGUCUGCACUCAGAUUUAAUUCAGCUGCCCUGUGGGGACACUCUUCCCAACAGCAUUCUGGGGCUCUGCAUCAUCACUUCCACUAUUGGACUGGACUCCCUGCUCAUUGUAGUCUCUUACGUGCUGAUUCUCUACACGGUGCUGGGCAUUACUUCUGGGCAGGGGCGGCGGAAAGCCCUCAACACGUGUGUAUCACACCUCUGUGCAGUCCUUGUAUAUUAUGUGCCCAUGAUCAGUGUGGCUCUGGUACACCGCUUCCUGAAGCAUGCUGCACCUGCUGUUCGCCUCCUACUGGCCAAUGUCUAUCUUCUGGUGCCACCUGUGCUCAACCCCAUCAUCUACAGUGUUAAGACCAAGCAGAUUCGCCAGGGGUUGAUCCAACUCUUUCUUCAAAGAAAAUAUUAA